AUGGGUGCGAAGGAAAUAAAUGAUGGUAAAAAAAAGGAUUAUAAAAAAACUAAAGAGAGAAAUAAAAGUUCGUCGUCUCUAAAAGCACGGCCAGGGGCAUUAUCGCGGUUUUUCUUCUGUUGGAUGUUGCCUUUAUUUUAUUAUGGGAAUCGUCGGGAUUUGGAAGAGGAUGAUUUGGUAAAAGCAAAGGAAAUUUAUAACUCUAAACGAGUGGGAGACGAAUUAGAGAGGAAGUGGUUAGAAGAAGAACAAAAAGCGAAAAUGACUGGCGAGAAGCCUUCUUUUAAGAAAGUUCUCUUCAAAACUUUCUUUUGGUCUUUCCUACCGGGUGGAAUUAUGCAGUUUUGCUACGUAGCGUUAAGAACAGGAACACCACUACUUUUUGCGCAGCUGCUUUUGUAUUGGUCACCGGUUGAAACUAUAGACAAGGAGACAGCGACGUACUAUGCCAUCGGUAUGAUCCUAGCCAAUUGGGUGGCAGCCUUCUUUAAUCACCACGGUAAUUUAUACUGUCAGCAGUUCGGAAUGAAACUUCGUGUGGCCACCAGCUCAUUAAUGUUUAGAAAGAUAAUGCGCAUGAACAAUGGGUCGCUUGGUGAGACGACAGCUGGCAAAGUGGUGAACCUGCUUUCUAACGAUCUGCAGCGUUUUGACUUGGCUUUCAUUUUUUUGCACUACAUCUGGAUUAUCCCGCUGCAGCUGACCGCCGUUUGCUACUUAGGUUAUAUGCAGGCGGAGUCAGCUGCACUCAUAGGAUUAGUGGCAUUAAUUUUAAUUGCCGUACCAAUUCAAGGUACUGUUAGUAGAGUACUUGGCAAAGUGCGCAUGCGUACUGCCGAAAAGACGGACGAGAGAAUAAAGGUGAUGAGCGAAGUCAUUAACGGAAUUCAAGUUAUCAAAAUGUACGCGUGGGAAAUUCCAUUCCAAAAGGUCGUUAAAGAAAAACGUGGCAAUGAAAUGAGACAAAUAAGUAUUGCAACCGCACUUAGAGCAAUAUUUUUAGGGUUCAUGAUAUUCACAGAGAGAACAGCGCUCUUCAUUACAAUCCUCACCUUCAUACUGCUCGGCAAUUCUAUGACUGCUAAUGUUAUAUAUCCAUUGCAACAGUUCAUGAACGCAGCUCAAAUUAACAUAACGUUGAUUCUACCCUUGAUCUUAGCCUUCACAGCAGAAUUGUUUGUCUCCCUCGGACGAGUGCAGAACUUCCUUUUAUUAGAAGACCGUCCCGACUUGGUGGCGAGCCAUGCGACCCCAAUACCGAACAUAUUCCGCAACACUGCCAGCUCUAGUGAAAAAGAUAAGUGUGUCAGGCCACUCUCAUACCGCACAAAUUCGAAUGCCUCAUCUGCUAAACGUUUGAGCUUGGAACCGAAAUUUGUAAGAAGCAUAUCACAACCAGGGCCCGACAUUGCAGUGGAGGUGCGCGAUGUCUCUGCCAGUUGGACCGGGGACCCCAACUUUUUGGCUCUCAAAAAUAUCUCUCUAAGGGUGCGAAAGGGCAAGCUGUGUGCUAUUAUUGGAGCUGUUGGCUCGGGAAAAUCGUCUCUUCUCCAACUGCUACUAAAAGAAUUGCCAGCGGCCACCGGCAAUGUUUCAACACAGGGCAGCCUCUCGUACGCCUGUCAGGAACCGUGGCUCUUUCCUAGCACGGUCCGAGAGAACAUUUUAUUUGGACUUCCUUACGAUCAGGCUAAGUAUAGAAAGGUCUGCCGAGUAUGCACUCUGGAGAAGGACUUUUUACAGUUUCCCUACGGAGACCAGACAUUGGUGGGUGAGAGGGGAGUGUCCCUGUCAGGGGGGCAGCGCGCCAGAAUCACUUUAGCGCGUUCCAUCUAUAGAGAAGCUGAUAUAUAUCUGCUGGAUGACCCGUUAUCAGCAGUGGAUGCAAACGUGGGGCGGCUCCUGUUCGAGGGUUGCAUCAACGGUUACCUGCGCGGGCGGACGCGCAUCCUCGUCACGCAUCAGAUACAUUUUCUCAAAGCGGCAGAUUAUAUCAUCGUGCUGAAUGAGGGUCGUGUAGAAAAUAUGGGCACUUUUGACGAGCUCGUAUCUUCUGGAAAGGAAUUUGCUACGAUGCUGACUAGUUUACAAGAAGGCAAGGACAAAGACUCAGAGAGUGUGGGAUCUGCAGCGAGUGUAGAAGACAAACCAACUUUAGUAAGAAGUCAAUCAUCUGCUAACGAAGAGGGAGAAAAUUUACCUCAAUUUGAAGUACAGAAAAUUGCAGCAGAAGAAAGACAAUCAGGCAAUUUGCGAUGGGAGGUGAUAGCAGCGUACUUUCGUGCAGGCGGAAGCAACUUUUUCGUUAUAUUUACGAUUUUAAUGAUUGCAUUGGCAGCAGCGAGUGCCGCAGGUGCAGACUUCUGGGUCAGCUACUGGUCGAAUCAAAUGGCUAUAUACGAAGAGGAAUUAUCCGGUGCUGAUAUGGAUCCUGCAUUAGAUGUGCAAGUAGGAAAGUUCACUACAGGCCAAUACCUGAUUAUUCACGGAUGCAUUAUUAUCAUGUGUAUAUUACUCACGAAUCUGAGAGUUCUUCCUUUUGUCAGACUUUGUGUAUCAGCUUCCAAAAAGCUACACGAUUUAAUGUUCUCCACAAUGAUUAAAGGCAUCAUGAGAUUUUUCGACACAAGCUCUGCAGGUCGAAUUUUAAAUCGUUUUACAAAAGAUAUGGGUGCCCUGGAUGAAAUCUUGCCUAGAACUCUCUUGGACGUAUUUCAAAUUUAUAGCAAUUUGACUGCAGUUUUGGUAUUGAACGCGAUAGCUCUAUAUUGGACUCUGGUCCCAUCUGCGGUUUUGCUCAUCCUGUUCUUUUUGUUCGUAAAAAUUUAUCUGAAAACGGCACAAGGAGUGAAGAGACUCGAAGGCACAACAAAAAGUCCAGUAUUCGGCAUGGUCACGUCUUCCUUGAACGGUAUAGCUACAAUCAGAUCAUUUGGUGCACAGAACAGGCUUAUUGAACAAUUUGAUGAACAUCAGGACUUGCAUACAUCUGCAUGGAAUGGAUAUUUGGGUGGUGGCAGCGCAUUCGGAUUUUAUUUGGACACCAUGUGUUUGGUGUACCUUACCUGCAUCAUAUUCGCUUUUCUUUAUCUUGAUUUUGGAGACGCGAUUCCAGUAGGCAGCGUGGGGUUGGCGGUGACGCAGAGUAAUACACUGACCAUGAUGUUGCAGCACGGCGCGAGAAUGCUUGUCGAAUUCAUAGCACAAUUGACCAGCGUCGAGCGUGUGCUUGAGUACACACAUAUCGAAACCGAGCCAAACCUAUUUAAAGGACAAAUGGAAGUGCCUCCCCAAUGGCCGUCGCAGGGUAAGGUCGAGUUCCAACGAGUGUACAUGAGAUAUGCUCUUGAUGAAUCGCCUGUACUCAAAGACAUGAACAUUAUCGUUGAAAGUGGAUGGAAGGUGGGUAUCGUCGGUAGAACAGGCGCAGGAAAAUCUUCAUUAAUAUCGGCGUUAUUCAGAUUCGCCUACAUUGACGGAUUAAUAUCUAUAGAUGGAGUCGAUACGUCUCUAAUUGGAAGACAGGAGCUCCGAUCGAAAAUUUCAAUUAUACCACAAGAGCCUGUACUAUUCUCUGCGACUAUUCGGUACAAUUUAGAUCCAUUCAAUAUUUAUAGUGACAAUGACCUUUGGCGAGCAUUGGAACAGGUGGAUAUGAAAUUGGCAAUUCCAUCACUAGAUUUUAAAGUGACUGAGGGCGGUUCAAAUUUCUCAGUAGGACAAAGGCAACUGAUGUGUUUAGCGCGCGCCGUGCUCAGGUCUAAUAAAAUACUCAUCAUGGACGAAGCCACCGCUAAUGUCGAUCCUCAGACGGAUAACUUCAUUCAACAGACUAUCAGGCGGCAGUUUUCGUCGUGUACAGUUUUAACGAUAGCUCAUCGUUUGAACACGAUUAUGGACUCGGACCGGGUACUGGUGAUGAGUUCAGGCCAGGUAGCUGAGUUCGAUCAUCCGUACAUACUACUGUCUGAUUCCAACAGCUCAUUCUCAUCGAUGGUCCGAGAGACCGGCGAGAAGACCAGCGCUCAGCUCUUCCAAGUGGCGAAAGACUCGUAUUUUCAAAGUAAUCUAAAAGAAAAUGCCAGAUAGGACAUGUGAUACAUUGCUAAAUCUUAUGUAGUUACUCAUGUUUGAAUCCUUUAAAUUAUUGUUAUUUGAGUUUAAAUAGAUGCUUAAUGGUACUUGUUCCUUUACAACAUUGUUUGCAAUUGAAAACUUAGUUGUAACUUACUGUAAUACCAUAUGCUAAAAUUACUUUAAAUUAAGAAAAUUCAGUAUUAUUCAUGUUGAAUAAAAACUGUACAUAUAUUUAGAUUCAAACUUU